AUGGUAGUUCCCGUGGCUGUGGUGCUAAUUGUCGUGACAGAGCUGGUGGGCAAAGUAGAAGUCGCGGUGACUGAGGUACUGAUUGUCGUUGCCGAGCUUGUGACCGAUGUGGCGGUCCAUGUGGCCGUGGUGCUGGUUGUCGUGGCCGAGCUUGUGAUCGACGUGGCUGUCGAGGUGGCCGUUGUACUGCCUGUCGUGACCGUCGAUGUGGCCGUCCAGGUGGCUGUGCUGCUGGUUGUGGUGCCACUUGUUCCAGAGACGGAGGUGGAGGCCGUGGUCGAGGAGGUGACGGUCGUCGUCGAAGCGCAGCUGCAGGAGCAGAGCUCCGCCGUCCCACCCUUCGAGCAGUCGACGUAG